AUGCCGCCUAAAAAGAGCAACACGGCCAAGAAGUCUUGUGGAGGUUCUGCCCGGAAACUUUUGGCACCUGCCGGCUCUCCUCCGGCGCCCGCAGGAUCAAAAUCGUCCACGCCAUCCUUAGAGCCAGAGGACGCUAGGAUUCCGGAAGAACACAGUAUAUGGUGUUUGAUCUGUCUCGAUGGCGCGGAAGGUGACGUUGUACUCUUUGAAUGCAACGCCUGCCCCCGCGUCAUGUGCAGCAAAUGCAUUGAGGUGCCCAAGGCGCACGUCGAUGCCGUCCAACAUCCGGACGUUAAAUUUUUAUGUCUUUCUUGUCACUCAUUGCGGACGGUUAAGGAGCCCGCGCCAUAUUUUGGCUUCUACCGUAACGUUUUGCCAGAGGAAGGAGGAACGCCUCUACUCCCAGGCUUCCUACAGCUCAACGGCAAGUAUGAGCUGGCGUCCAACUCCAUCUUGGCAGCCACACCCCUCGCCAUCGUCCAUUUUUCCCUUGGCGGCAAGGACGCAAUCUCCACACCCGUUCCACUCCUCUCGCAUUACCUCGACAAGUACUACCCCAGCGGUGGGUUUCUGUACGUCGAGAUCUCGUUUCGACAUCGUUUCGUCGAAACGGUUGCUAAGCUCGUCCGUCACCUUGGCUCAACUGGUCGGGUCUUUGCGUUUCUCUCCAACCAUUCGGAAGAAGACAGCGGUUGGCUCUUUGCAGGGAAGGAGGGUCAAGGUGAUGGAGAGUAUGUUGCGAUGCAAGUUCAGCAUGUUCUCUCUACAGUGUUGAAGCCCUACGCCAGGAUCCUCAAGUCCGCACACUUCGUCUUCCUGGUCUGCGGUUCUGUGGUGGCACACGAGACGCCCUACACUCAGCUCAAGGAGUCCGUUCUUCAAUUCAACUUCGCAUCUGCAAUUAUCUUUCCCGCAGCUCGCUUUCAACCCCUUGUCACCACUAAUUUCUUGGUCGCCAUGGCGGAACUUGUUGCGAUUGAGCAACUCAACAUCCGCACCGUAUUUCCGACCCUCCUUAGUAUGUCAGGCGGUCUCGGUCAACACACCAGCGUCAUCCUGAUGACUCCUGUCAACAUUGAUGGUUGCUGCAAGCUGGAACUCACUACAUUCGCGCACGCUCACACUCAGACUUCGCCUUGGGGCAUUCCUAUUCCUGCGCAAUGCCCCCAAUGUGGCUCUACCAAGAGCUGGGCUGAGAGGGUUGCUGUGACAGUUUCUGAUGAGAAUCACGACGCGCACGCCUCACACCAAGUCUCUGUUUGCCAGUACAUCUACACAUGCAAGUACACCAACUGUGGUAGCACGCAAAAGUUGCCAUGCUACAAGUUUUCUGUCACCAAGCCUCCUGGGUCCAUCAUCAACAGUGCCAGGACCAAGAACUGCGCUUGGUUCAAGUCGCCUUCUACUCAUUUUGUAUCUCAGUCUUUACCUGACUCUACCCAAGGCAAGCGCAAGAAUGAGACAGCGCCUCCUGGGACUGCAAAGAAGGCGCGCAGGCUAUCAGGAGAGGUCUUGGGUGAUGAGCCGGAGGAAGAACCAUCUGGCGUGUCCCCUGAGGACAGAGAAUUGGCGGCUCGUCCUAAGGACGCAGGGUUCUACAAGAAGGAGCUUAAUGCUUGGGACGUCGCGCAGAAACUCUUCAAGCAGGAGAUGGACGACUAUGAUAAGGAGCAGCAACAGAAGAAAGGCGUGCAACAUUCUAUUAAGUAUAGGACUGGACAUGCGAGGGAGUGGUUCAACAACAUGACUUCUGCACAUCGGAAGGAGGUUGAGGAGGCGAGGGACAAAUGGAAUAGGGAAGGUGCCCCAGUAGAAGCACAGGCGAUGUAUCGAAAGAAAAGCCUCAAAAAAGUUCUCGACGAUUUUACAGAACAGAUGCGGCGUUCUAUGGGUUGCCGAGUCGUGAUGUUAGUCAGUCACAAGAAAAAUGCCGAUCAGACAUUAAGUGUCAAGAUUCAUGAGUCUCAGCCUGUCAAUCACAUGAAACCGUUUAGCCUGAGUUCUCGAGGAAGCAAAGAGUGGACAUCCGAAGGGUUUGAAAAAUAUGCCGAGUGGUCGAAGGAAGAAUUUUACCCCACCAAUGAUGAUGAUGACUCCUCCGAUGAAGACAGUAAAGAUGGAAAAGAUGCGAUACCUGAAGUCAUCUUGGACGAGCACGGGUUUGCAAAGCUCCCUUCCCGUAAAGGAGUGAGCCUCAGGGGGCAACAAGAGUUGGUUCGGCAAAUUUUUCAUGCAUCUUACAAAGUCUUCACUGGUAGCAAAAAGCCAGUACCUUGGCUCUCGAUUGCCGGCAACCUUUUGGUGUACCUGGAUCCAGACUCCAUCCCUGAUGGUUUCGUCGUGCAAGAUCCGUCUCAUUUGAAGGCGCAGGAAAUAAACCAUCUUUGGGGCCAUUGGGAAGACAGGAAGGCCUCGAAACAGAAACUGGUUAUUUUUGUCGGGGCCGUGAGUUCCCACAUGAACAAGUCCCUGCUCGUCAAUGCUGUCUAUGUAGGCGAGAAAAAAUCAAAAAAGAAGUAUGUACCGGUCGACACUGAUGAUGAAGAGGAGGCUUCAGUGGCGCCUACGUCCACGAAACGUACAAGACAGCUGGCCGAGGCUAAGGCUUCCUCCAAGCCCAAGGCCAGCACAAGGCCCACCAAGAAUUCAAGACCGCAGACCCAGGACAGCUCCGAGGAUAGCUCUGAUGAUAAUCUCACUCCAUCGACAGGGCUGGUUAAGCGACCAUCAGUUGGUCAAGAAGUCGUGCGCACACCAGCCACUGUGCCAAAGAAGGAUCGGAUGUCAUUCUUACGGUCUCUCAGCAGCCACGACGAAUAUCUACUUUUGAUUUCACGUCUCGGUGACUUGAAAAAGGAACGAAGCUCUGAGGCAAUGGAAUGGCCCGCUUGGGCGACAUGGAGUUGGGACAGAUCACACCUUCCGAAUAGUGUGCACUCAGACGAGCGUGAGUUGAACAAGUUCUUGGAGAUAGUCCUCUCUGCAAAGAUCUCUGGCUUGGAAUCAGCCAUGAAGGUCAGCCUAGGUCUUGGGAUGCUGCUAAGAGAAUGCAAGCGAGUUAUCGAAUAUGAGGAGGACGAAGCUACCCUGAACACCCCCUCUUACCUUGGCACCUCUAUUUUGAGUAUCAAGACCCACGACCUCGUCAUAGAGGCAAUCAAUACAGCCAGAGGUGGGGUUAUGCGGAUGCUCAAGGCGAAGGAAGGACAACAUGCUGCCAUUGCUGAGGCUGCUGGUGGUGAAGAACACGGAGCUGAUACUGCCAUUCGGACGAUUUCAACCAGGGAAGAGAAAGAGGAUGAGGGGACGGAAAUGGAGGCAGAUGAGUUGACAAGGAAGGUUGACAAGGAGUCGCGGGAGGUGGAGGAAGAGAAGAAGAAAAUGGUGAUGCUGCAGGAGGACAUGAGAAAGCUGGAGGAGAGAAAGCGAGAGCUGGAGGAGUACAACCAGAAGCUGUUGAAACUGGUGGAGAUCGAAAAGGACAGUGGUGGUAAGGAUGAUAUGGAAGAUAAGGAACAGCGUGGUGAGGAGGAGGAGGAGGAGGAGGAGGACGUCGUCGUCGUCGUGCAGAAAGGGAAGAAAAGAGGAAAAUCUGGGGGAUCUGGAAGACCAUCCAAAAAGGCUACCACUGACAAUAUUCGUCGAUCCAGCAGACCCAGGCAACCCUCAAAAAAGGCCAUGCAAAAGUGA